AUGGGUGAUGCAAAGGACUCUUGGAAAGUGAAGACCUUAGAUGAGAUUCUCCAGGAAAAGAAGCGACGGAAGGAGCAAGAGGAGAAGGCGGAGGUAAAGCGCUUAAAAGAUUCUGAAGACUGGGAUUCCCUGGAGGAGGGGGAGCUGAGGGACCACCGCAUGGAGAUCGCCAUCAGGAGCUCGCCCUACAGGAGGGAGGGCUCCAUGGAGGACAGAGGAGAGGACGAUGAUUCUCUGGCUAUCAAACCACCCCAGCAAAUGUCACGGAAAGAAAAAGCUCAUCACAGCGAAGAUGAGAAGAGAAAAGAGAAACGCAGGCAUCGUAGUCAUUCAGCAGAAGGGGGCAAGCACGCCAGAGUGAAGGAGACGCAGAGGGAGAGGGAGCACGAGCGCCGGAAGCAGCACCGAGAGGAGCGGGACGAAGCCCGCCGGGAGUGGGAGAGGCUGAAGCGGCGGGAGAUGGCGAGAGAGCAUUUCCGGGGAGAGAGGGACCGAGAGAGGGAGCGCCUGGAGCAGCUGGAAAGGGGGCGGGGGCGGGGGCGGGAGCGGAGGCUGCGGGAGGCCCGGAGGGAAGCCUCUGCACGGCGCCGAGCAGUGCGAGAGGACCAGGGCGAUAAAGUGAAGGCCAGCCACCGGAGCCGCAGCCCGCCCCGACCUCCGCGGGAGAGGUUUGAGCUGGGAGACGGCCGGAAGCCAGUGAAAGAAGAGAAGGUGGAAGAGAGAGGCCUGCUGUCUGUCCUACAAGGCAUCAGGGACAACAAGCGGAAGACCAGCUCGGCCGAGUCCUCAGCGGAAUCAGGGUCGGGUUCUAAGGAGGAGGAAGCGGAGGUGGAGGAGGGGAGCAGCAGUGAAGAAUCAGAGGAGGAAGAGGAGACUGGGAGCAACCCCGAGGACGUGUCUGGACAGUCGGCAGAGGAGGUGAGUGAGGAAGAAAUGAGUGAAGACGGAGAGGGAGAGGCUGAGAACCACAUCCUCGUUGAUCGAUUUGACCGAGGUUCCGGGGACAGUGAAGAAGGGGAGGAAGAGGUGGGCGAGGGCACCCCCCACAGCACCGCCCUGACGGAAGGCGAGUUCGUGCCCGACUCCCCAGCCCUGUUGCCCAUCGAGCCCAAGCAGGAGCUGCCCAAGUACCUGCCCGCCCUGCAGGGCUGUCGCAGUGUGGAGGAGUUCCAGUGCCUGAACAGGAUUGAGGAGGGCACCUACGGGGUGGUGUACAGAGCAAAGGACAAGAAGACAGGUGAGAUUGUGGCUCUGAAGCGGCUGAAAAUGGAGAAGGAGAAGGAAGGCUUUCCGAUCACGUCGCUGAGGGAGAUCAGCACCAUUCUCAAGGCGCAGCACCCCAACAUCGUGACGGUCAGGGAGAUCGUCGUGGGCAGCAACAUGGACAAGAUUUACAUUGUGAUGAACUACGUGGAGCAUGACCUCAAGAGCCUGAUGGAGACCAUGAAGCAGCCUUUCCUGCCAGGGGAGGUGAAGACACUGAUGAUCCAGCUGCUGUGCGGAGUGAAGCACCUGCACGACAACUGGAUCCUGCACCGAGACCUCAAGACCUCCAACCUGCUGCUGAGCCACGCCGGCAUCCUGAAGGUGGGCGACUUUGGGCUGGCGCGGGAGUACGGGUCCCCUCUGAAGGCCUACACCCCUGUUGUCGUGACCUUGUGGUACCGUGCCCCAGAGCUGCUGCUGGGGGCCAAGGAGUACUCCACGGCUGUGGACAUGUGGUCUGUGGGCUGCAUCUUUGGGGAGCUGCUGACACAGAAACCACUGUUCCCAGGGAAGUCGGAGAUUGAUCAGAUCAACAAAGUGUUUAAGAACCUGGGGACGCCCAGUGAGAAGAUCUGGCCCGGCUACAACCAGCUGCCCGCCGUGAAGAAGAUGACCUUCACCGAGUACCCUUACAACAACCUGCGCAAGCGCUUCGGGGCACUGCUCUCCGACCAGGGCUUUGACCUCAUGAACAAGUUCCUGACCUACUUUCCUGAGCGGAGGGUCAGCGCAGAGGACGCUCUCAAGCACGAGUAUUUCCACGAGACCCCCCUCCCCAUCGACCCCUCAAUGUUCCCCACGUGGCCCGCCAAGAGUGAACAGCAAAGGGUGAAGCGUGGCCCCAGCCCGAGACCCCCCGAGGGAGGCCUCGGCUACAGCCAGCUGGGUGACGAUGACCUGAAGGAGACUGGCUUCCACCUCACCACCACCAACCAGGGGGCCUCAGCCACAGGCCCUGGCUUCAGCCUCAAGUUCUGAGAUUCAGAGUGGACCCCAGAAACAGCGGGACCAGGGGCAGGAGCAGAGGCAG